UCCAUUUCCUCACUAUAAAAUCUUCAUCCGCCUCCGUUAAAACUAGGGUUUCUGCAGCUUCAUCUCUCAGGAUCGGGAUUCGCUUGAUUGAGAGAUACUCAAGAUGAGUAAGCUUCAGAGUGAGGCCCUUAGAGAAGCCAUCUCGACCAUUAAGGCGAAAUGCGAGGAAAAGAAACGUAACUUUGUGGAGACAAUCGAGCUUCAGAUUGGCCUGAAGAACUAUGACCCGCAAAAGGACAAGCGUUUCAGUGGCUCUGUCAAGCUUCCUCACAUCCCCAGACCUAAAAUGAAGAUCUGCAUGCUUGGAGAUGCCCAGCACGUAGAAGAGGCUGAGAAGAUGGGUCUGGACUACAUGGACGUCGAGGCCUUGAAGAAACUCAACAAGAACAAGAAGCUCGUCAAGAAGCUUGCAAAGAAAUACCAUGCUUUCUUGGCCUCUGAAUCUGUCAUUAAGCAGAUUCCCCGUCUUCUUGGACCUGGUCUCAACAAGGCAGGAAAGUUUCCAACUCUGGUGUCCCACCAAGAAUCGUUGGAAUCAAAGGUGAACGAGACCAAAGCUACGGUCAAGUUCCAGCUGAAGAAGGUUCUCUGCAUGGGUGUUGCGGUUGGGAACCUCUCCAUGGAAGAGAAGCAGAUCUUCCAGAACGUUCAGAUGAGCGUAAACUUCCUCGUCUCCCUCCUCAAGAAGAACUGGCAAAAUGUUAGGUGUUUGUACCUCAAGAGCACCAUGGGACCGGUUCAACGAAUCUUCUGAGCUUUCUUCGUUUCCCUCCGAGGGCGGAAUCUGUAGGGUCUAAGCUGCUUUUGUUUGGUUUUUUUUGUUGUUUCUGAUAUCGUUUUUUGAAACAGUAAAAUGAUGUCUUUGCUAUGUGUUUCUGAAGUUUUGUUGAAUCUUGAAGCAGUGCCAUUGAACUUCUAUGAAGCUUUUUGGGACAAAUUGUUUUUAAUGUUUUGCUUUUGCUGCUGAAAGUUUUGGCUA